CCGGACCUGCGGCGCGCGGCUUCCUAGCUUCAAAUUCAGGGACUAGUCGUCCUCGCCCAAUCACCGGUCUCUUGCUCUGCCUGUCCUUUCUCUCCGUCCAAUCCAAGGCCGGCUCUGAGUCCCCGCCCCGUGGCUCGUGCUGCGAACGGCCGUAAACCUGAGGGCGCGCUGUACGGCCAGUCCGGGGGGCCGCCGGUGCGGGAGGGGGAUACGCGCACGCGCAUUUGCAGUGCCACCAGGACGUCCCCUCCCUUUGGACCUUUCCGACCCACUCUCGGCUCCCGACCCUGGAGUCGCGGGCUUGAGUCUGUUUAGUAAAACAUGAGGUCCCUUUCGAGGCAGUCAUUUCGAGGACAGCUGUUUUUAUGAAAGUAUCAUCGUUUGCUGUUACCGUUUUGAGGUCAUUCGACUGGAGUUUUUACUGCUCCCAAAUCAGUUUUUUCACCGAAUUUCAGUUUUGUGAUCAAAGUUUACGUGAGAUGGAAGAUUUUCGAGGUAUAGAUGAAGAGUCCUUUCCAAGCUUUUUAACCAGUUCAUUACUUGGUAAUAGUGAGAUUUUGGAAAAUGUCACUCUUUCUUCAAAUCUUGGCUUGCCUGUCGCUGUUUCAACACUUGCUAGAAAUAGAUCCAGGACUGAUAACAGGUAUUCUGAUACCCAGGCAUCUUAUUUAGUAGAAAGGAGGUUUUCAGUUCCAUCUGAGUCAUCUCCCAGUAGCCAGAGUGAAGCCGAAUCAAGGGAGAAGUUACAACUUAGCUUCCAGGAUGAUGAUUCUAUCUCUAAGAAAAAAAACCAUGUAGAAAGUCAACAUUUGUCAGAUGCUGUUCUCAAAGAGUCUGCUUUGCAAAAUAAUACAGCAAGAACAGAAGAGGAGCAAGCGAAAACCGCAAAACCCGUUCAGAGCCAAGAUCAUUUUGAUAGUAUUUUACCACUGGAACAAAUGCAAGACUCACCUAUUGAUUUUUGUUUACAAUCAUGGAUGAAUAAUACGGAGAACAAGAUUGUUGUUCCUUAUGCUGGAAAGAAAUUUGAAGACAAGAAUCUAAACAAUGACUUAAGUUUACUAGAAAAUGAGAAACUUAUGUCACUGACAAGCUUGGAUGAUUCUUCUGAUGAUGAUAUUGAUGAUGAAGAGUUUUAUGAUGAACAUUUGGAGGCUUAUUUUGAGCAACUGGCUAUUCCAGGAAUGAUAUAUGAAGACCUAGAAGGACAGGAACCUCCAGAAAAAGAUUUUAAAUUACCUACAAGUGAUCCACGUCAGGCAAAUGAAAAUGGUAGCUUAAACUAUAAAUCUCAGUCAGAAAAUAACAGUUCUCUGAUUUCCCAUGGCUCACACUCUUCAGGAAAUUCUGAAAUAACCCACAAAGAAUCUGAAGAUGGCCAUGCUGUUUGUGGGCCUGGGACCAGUAAAUUUAUAGAUGCUGGAGAUAACAGACGGCAUGGAGAUGGUGUAUUAUCAUUUUCUCCUGGUACUCGGAGAACCGAACAAGAGAAAGAAAGGGCAGACAGUUUGAAGAGUCUUGUCUCACAUCAUGGCAGAGAAAGUGCAAGAGAAGAAGUUCCUGUGAAGACCAUCAGGGCUACUAAUGUGAAACUUAGCCCUGUCUAUUUUCAUGAGACAAAUGCCAGUAAAGAUGAUUUUGAUGUCAUGGACCCUUUGAAGCUUGAGUCCAGGUCUCUCCAUCAAAAUAAGCAUUUGGCAUCUGAUUCAAAAACAGUUUUACCUAUAGAUAGAUGUUUAGAUGCUGAGAUUCCUAAAGUGUCCGUUCAAAAAUAUAUGGACAUAGCAUCUUUGAAGCCUGUUAGUGACAAUGAAAUUAAUUCCACUGAUGCUCUUCGGUCACCAACAAGUGAAAGGCAGACACUUGAAUGUUACAAGUCCACUGAAAAGAGUAAAGAGCAAACAGAUCUGCCACAGAGUGUUGUCUAUCAAAAUGAAGAGGGCAGAUGGGUCACUGACCUUGCAUAUUACACAUCUUUUAAUGAGGAAGAAGUUUUAAAUAUGUCCCUGACUGAUGAGAUGAAUGAAGACUUCAGAUCUGGUUCUGAAGCAUUGGAUUUGAUUGCACAAGAUGAAGAGGAAUUUAAUAAAGCGCAUCAAUUUAUGCAGGAAGAAAAUAUAGAUGGCCAGAGCACUUCAGCUGCUCUAGGGGAUACGUCUUGGAGAACUUCAGUUAAUUACAGUUUGUUGAGGAAAUCACUUAGCACAUCAGAUUUGGACAAAGAUGAUGCCUGUUAUUUACGCCUGUCUUUAGGAGAGUUCUUUGCUCAAAGAUCUGAAGCUCUUGGUUGCCUUGGUGGCGGUUACAAUGUGAAAAGACCAUCGUUUGGUUAUUUUAUUAGCUCACCAGAGAAGAGAGAACCCGUUGCUCUCAUAAGAAAGUCUGAUCUGUCAAGAAGUAAUUUGGAAAAGGAAACGGCUCAUGUUACCCAUGAUGUGUUUUCAGGAGACUUAAAAGUACAACUAAGUGAAGGAUCAGUUACACUUCAAGCUGAAGAACUGGAGGGUAUUUCACAAGUGGAUGAAAGUGAUGUGACAUUAACUGCCAAUAACAGCAAAACAGAGGACACUUCCUUCAUGAGUAACAUAUCCCAAAGAUACAAAAGCAAGACACCUACUGGUGGUGAUUCUAUACUUAGGAUAAGCACCAUUGCUUCAGCCAUUGCAGAUGCAUCAGUGAGUACCGAUCCUUCCCAACUUGCUGCCAUGAUCAAGACACUUUCAAAUAAAACCAGAGAGAAGACUUUACAGGAAGAUGCUAAACAAAAGGAUUAUUCCAUUGUGUCUCAGUUUGUGCCUAAUGAUCUAGAGAAAAGUAAUGCAUCCAGCAUGUUUGAUAUGGAGAAAUACCUUAAAAAAACAGAAGUUAGUAGGUGUGAACGUGGGCUGGAAAACUUUUCAGGAGCUGGUGUGUCUGAUAUUUGGGAUUUGUCUUUACCAAAAGAACAGACUACACAAGAUAUCCAUACAGUGGACUUAGAUGCUGCUAACAUAAGGGAACCAGAAAAAAAUAUAGCAUGUACUUUUUAUGGUGAAAAUGGAGAGCGCAAGAACCAAGAAUCACUUAGAGCAAACUCUCCAAAUUCAAUUCUGACAAACAGAAAAGAGAAUGAAAGUGCAGUAGUUGAUGUGAAGACAUACCCUAUUGAUAACAAAUCACCAGAUAUUGGUAAUUGCAAAACAGCCACCUCAGUAUGCACUCCAACAUCUAAUAGUUAUUCAUUAAUAAGGAACCCCAGAAUAGCAUCCAUUUGGAUGUCAGAGGAAUGUGAAGAAAUGCAAACUAAUAGAGAAAACCAGAGCCAAAAAGAGUAUCUUAGUGAAGCAAGCAACAGUGAAAAACAUGUGACUUUUGGAAAACAUUCCAUAAUUGCACCUAAGAAUGUUGAUUUGAAAAAUCACUCUCCUGAGCAUGGUGAACACAGCUCAGAGGACGACCAGGAAAGCUUCAGACCUUCCUCUUCUCCACUGAGUCAUUCUUCUCCUAGUGAAAUUUCUGGAACAAGUUUAUCAGGGUGUGCUUCAGAAUCUUCUGGUUCAGCAGCUGAUCAGAAGCCUCCCUGUGAGAGUGAGUUGUCUCAGUUGGUGUGUCCACAAGCUAGUGUGAGUAGGCUGACUUACGUGUCUGAACAAGAGAGCACCUGUCCCACUCCAGCCUCAGAUCACGGCCUUGAGGACCGCAAGAGUGAUGUCACCAGUGAAUUGAGCACCACAAUUAUCCAAGCCAGUCCAGUUCCAUCUGAGGAACACGCUAUGGAAAAACUGAGACCAAAAGGUACAUUUCAAAGGAGAAGUAAUGGAGCACUAUUGUCUGUUAUCCAAAAAGACUCAGAUACAGACAAUGCGACAGAAACGACUUCUCUGAGAAGCAAACCUGAAGAUGUAAAACCUUACUUUAGGCUGAGUGAAGAUCUUUCCUCCACGAGUGGAGAUGUAUCAGAAACCAAUGCAGUUGGGUUGACCUCUCACCCCACUGAAUUGGAACAGAUUGGCCUGGCUCUCCUGAACACGACACGUCUUGCCCACCCUUCUGUGUCAGUGAUGCCACACCUCCCUGUGUCACACCAGGCAUCUGCGGACGAAAGUGAAAGAGUAUCCUCUGAAGAUAUGCUGACUGCCGGCAGUGUAGUCAGUGGCCAGAUUCCUCAUCGGACGGCCCCUGGCCACCAGGGCGCCCCUGUUCCCAGCACCCUGGCUCAUGGCUCUGCUCCUGAGAUGCAGAACGUGCCUGCCGCACUUCCUACACUCUUGACUCAACGUUCUUUUACCACGGCUCCCUUAGCCCAGCACUAUUUAGGAACACUGCCUUCAGCUGGAAAUGUUGCUGUGCCUCAGUGCCACGCUGGCGGUGCCACUGUCUGUGGAUUUUCAGGAAGCUGUCCAUAUUCUGCUGUUGCAGGAGAGCAUGUUCAGAACUCUGUGGCCAUGGGAAUUUGUCUCAGACAAAAUACCAGCUCUGGAUUGUUGGGUACCUCUUCUCUUUAUAACCCAUAUUCUAAUGCCUUAAAUCAGAAUCUUCUAAGUACGGCAAAACCUUUUCCUAUGCAGUCUGUUGGGACAGACUGUGGAAUUGAACCAUGGGAUUCAGGAACGCCGUCAGUAUUUGGGAAGGUCAGAAUACCCGAGGAGCUGAAGUUUCCUCAUGCUUGCUGUGUUGGCAUUGCUUCACAGACCCACCUUAGUAUACUUAACCCAACUGAGCGCUGGCUACAGGUCAGCAUUGGGGUUCUCACCAUUAAUGUUAAUGGUGAAAAGGUGGACCUUUCAGCAUAUCCUUGUUUAGUUUUCAAGAAUAAAGUCAUCAUAAGACCUCAUGCCACAGAAGAGAUAAAAGUACUUUUCAUACCAUCUGAUCCUGGGAUUUUCAGAUGUAUAUUCCGUGUUGCUUAUUGGCCAUUUUUAGCAGAUGCUGAGACCAAAGCACAAGCAGAAGCCUUGGCAAGCAGAGUCGUCCUCACAGCUGUUGCUGAGACCCCUGUGAUUGAGGUAGAAACAGAAAAAAAAGAUGUUCUUGAUUUUGGUGACUUGACUUAUGGAGGCUGGAAAGCUUUGCCAUUAAAAUUGAUAAACAAGACUCAUGCCACGGUGCCAAUCAGACUUGUUAUUAAUGCUAACGCCAUAGCCUGGCGCUGCUUCACAUUUUCCACGGCACCCGUCCGUGCUUCUCUGAAAGCAGCUCCGUACGCUGAUGUGACUGCACGGCUGGCGGCGCCUUCCGUGGUCACCCACACGAUGCCUGCCAGUUACGACGGGCAGGAUCCAGAAUUUCUGAUAACUUGGGUUCUUUUCCAUAGUCCAAAGAAACCGAUCACUUCUUCAGAGAUUUUAGGCUCAGCAGAAGAGUUCUUGGCAAGAGUUGAUAUAGAAGUUGACAGCCCAAACCCUACACCAGUCAUUAAAAGUAUUGGUCUUCAAGCAAGAACAGGAAUUGCUAGGAUACAUGCUCCAAAAGACUUACAGACUAUGCACUUGUUUGCCAGUGCAGCCUCUUCAACAAAGCAGCACUUACCUCUGAAAAAUGCAGGGAAUAUUGAUGUUUACUUGGAUAUCAAGAUCCCAGACCAAGGAAGUCACUUUUCAGUGGAUCCAGAGAAUCUAUUCCUUAAACCUGGAGAAGAACAUGAAGUUUUAGUUACGUUUACUCCAAAGGACCCCAAAGCCUGUGAGGAAAGGAUUUUGAAGAUAUUUGUGCAACCUUUUGGACCACAGUAUGAAGUGAUGUUAAAAGGCGAAGUAGUUUCUUCCAGAAAUAAAUCUCAAAUGCCUGGAUAUUGCUGCUCAGAUGUUCCGUCGAUUUUGUCCAACAAGCAGUUUCUGGCCUGGGGGGGUGUCCCUCUUGGUAGAAUUCAGCUUCAGAAGCUAGCUUUGAGAAAUAAUUGUACAUCUACGACCCAGCAUCUGCGACUGCUCAUUAGAGGACAAGACCAGGACUGCUUUCAGCUUCAGCACACUUUUGGUUCAGAAGAGCGACUGACCAGUAACUGUGAGAUUAGAAUGCGUCCAAAGGAAGACAUUUUCAUCUCUGUGUUAUUUGCACCUACUCGAUUAUCGUGUAUGGUGGCUAAACUAGAAAUUAAACAACUGGGAAUUCGAUCACAGCCGGGCAUUAAGUUCAUGAUACCUCUGUCUGGAUAUGGAGGAACAAGUAAUCUUAUUUUGGAAGAUGUUAAGAAGUUAUCUGACAGUUACAUGGUAACAGUGAAUGACUUAAUACCCGGCAAAGAACGUAGAAUUGUUUUUUCUGUUCAUAACACUGGCUCUCGGGCAGCUUUUGUUAAAGCAGUAGGUUUUAAGGAUUCUCAGAAAAAACAUUUGCUGGAUCCUAACGUGUUAAGGAUUUUUCCAGAUAAAUUUGUGCUCAAGGAAAAUACACGAGAAGAUGUUACUAUAAUAUAUAAUCCACCUGAGAGAGAGAACAGUUCUACAACUGUAACAGAACUGUCAACUGUAUACUUCUUUGGUGGUGAUGAAAUCUCGAGGCAGCAGUAUCGAAGAGCCCUAUUGCAUAAACCGGGGAUUAUAGAACAAAUACUUCCAGAACAUAGCGUGCUGAAGAACAUUGAUUUUGCUGAAACAUUUCAGGAUGAGUUACAAGUAACUGAAGUGUAUGAUCUUCCCCAGCAGCCUAAUGAUAUUCAGCUCUUUUAUGGAAACAUGCGUAAAAUUACACUUUCAGUAAUUGGAGAAUUCAGAAACGCUGUGUCUAGCAGUGAAUUCCUUCAGUCUUCUUCCAAAGCUGGCUUAGAAUCUAAAAGUGAAUCUGACAGUUCUGGGAAACAUGGUGGCAAUGUUUCUUUGGAUGUUUUGCCAGUUAAAGGUCCUCAAGGUUCUCCGCUUCUUUCACAAGCUGUUCGCCCACCUCAAGAUAAAUCAUCAUUGAAGGAAAUGUGGGCUGUCCAGCCUGAGCACUUGAUUUUGAUAGCUCCUUCUCCUUGUGAUCUGGGGAGAACUGCAUGUUUCCAGAUUUUAAAUAAUUCCAUGAGGUUACUGAAAUUUGAGUUGUACUGGCCAGCACAUUGCCUAACAGUAACACCGCAACAUGGAUUUAUUCCGCCAGAGAGCAAGCUACAGAUUCUUGUGAGUCCUAAUUCUUCCUUAUCCACGAAACAGUCAAUGUGCCCAUGGAGUGGUUUGAUCUAUAUACACUGUGACAAUGGACAGAAGAAAACUGUGAAAGUUCAAAUUCGAGAAGACUUGACCCAAAAAGAACUCAUCACUCGUUUGGCUUCCAGCCCAUUUGGAAUCCUUUCCCCAGGAACUGAGCCUUCAGUUUGUCACCUGGUAAAACCGAUGACAAAACCACCUUCCACAAAAGUUGAGAUAAGAAACAAAACUGUUACUUUUCCUGCAACAAAACCUGGUGAAACUUCAGAAAAGUUUCUGGAACUUGAGAAUCAUGGUAACACAGAAGUGAAGUGGCAUCUGUCAUCUUUAGCUCCACCUUAUGUCAAGGGGGUUGACGACAGCGGAGAUGUUUUUAGAGCUACCUAUGCGGCAUUCAGAUGUUCUCCUAUUUCUGGAACACUGGAAAGCCGUGGAGUUCAAAAGGUCUCCAUCACUUUUUUGCCCAGGGAUAGAGGAGAUUAUGCCCAGUUUUGGGAUGUUGAGUGUCACCCCCUUAAAGAGCCUCACAUGAAGCAUACCUUGAGAUUUCAACUCUCUGGACAAAGUGUCAAAGCAGAAAAUGAGCCUGAAAAUUCAGAAAUUUCCACAAACUCCCUCAUUAAACUAGAUAAUUUAGUUAAACCCCGGAGACCAGCUGUAUCAGAGUCUUCUGCUCUCAUACCUGGCAGGCAGCUUGACUUGACCCACCGCGGGGUUUAUGCCCCUGAAGAUGUGUAUCAGUUUCUGCCGACGAGGGUUGGGGAAUCAAGGACGUUGAAAGUCAACUUGCGAAAUAAUUCUUUCAUCACGCACUCCCUGAAGUUUUUAAGUCCCAGAGAGCCUUUCUACCUCAAACAUUCAAAAUAUUCUUUAAGAGCCCAGCACUACAUCAACAUGCCUGUGCAGUUCAAACCAAAGUCGGCGGGCAGGUUUGAAGCUUUGCUGGUUAUUCAGACAGAUGAAGGCAAGAGUGUUGCUAUUCAGCUCCUGGGUGAAGCUCUUGAAAAAAUUAACUAGAUACUUUUUGUGCAAAGUAAAUUACAUAAGUUUUAUUUUGGUAACUUCAUUUUUUUUACGCUGCAAUAUUCUUUUAUACAUAUUUUGUAAGAUUGUUUCGAUAACUAGAUUUUUGUUUGUUUUGAGAAGCUAAUACUGAAGACCUAACUAAAAUAUCAUGUAUGUAGCCCAUAGUAUUGUACUUAACGUUUUUACAGGGGAGAAGAGAGUUAUAUUUUUGCAUUGAUUAUGAUACUCUGAAUAAAUAUGGUGUAUAUUUUAAUGUGAUAUAACCAGAAAUAAAUUUAAUUUCCAUUAAA